AUGGCAGGCGGGUCAGACACUUGGCUGCAUCACUCUUUCCACAGAAGAUGCACGGCAGACGGCUCGGUGACUGAAGUACAGGCUGACGUGCCUUCAGAGAAUGUGCUUAGCUAGCCAGAAACUAUUUCAAAUGAAGCCAAAGUCAUCCAUGUGUUGCGAUCCCCAAAAGUUACAAAUAAAAGUCCUCUGGGAAAUGAUUAAUCAGACUGGGUAAACAAGUAAAAAGGCGCUUGUUGUCAGUGCUCACCCUGCAGAGGGAAUAUCAGGGUCCCACCGAUGCGCUGAAGCCUUUCAACUCUACUUUAUUUCUCCAGCCUCCUUGCAUGUGUGCAGCAGGACUGCUUUUCUGACGCCGCACACCUUCCAGCGGGAACCUCUGACAUCCUACCUCUGAAUGGCUCUCCGGUGGCUUUACACUCUCUCCAUCGCACUGGUGUGGGGCUGUGUGGUCUCCUCCUCCUCCUCUUACCACGCUGCAGUUGCUCCCCCACAAGACCUUCAGAUCACUGAUCCUGGACUCUUAGGUUCUCUUGAUAUAGAGUGGAAACCUCCACCCAAUGUACAAACCUUCAAUGAAUGCACAGUAAAAUACAAGUUUGAAUACCGCAACACUGGUGACAGAGACUGGAAGGUUAUUUUUACUGGAAAACUAAAACUCAGAGUUGGAUUUGACCUCAGCAGGACUGCUGAAGUGAAGGUACAGACACUGCUCGAAGGACGGUGUGCCGAUGACGUGGAGGUGCAAAGCGACUGGAUUUAUGAUACCUUUCAGGUCCCAUUGCAAGGAAAACUGGAAUCAGAGGUUCAGAAUUUCCACUGCAUCUAUCAUGACUGGGAAUACCUCAAGUGCACUUGGCAACCAGGUCUCCUCACUCCUCAUGGUGUACAUUAUGGACUAUAUUAUUGGUACGAGGGGCUGGACCACACAACACAGUGUGAUGACUACAUUCAGGAUCACGGUAUAAACAUCGGCUGUGUGUUACAAAAUCUGAGCCAGGCAGAAUAUAAGGAUCUGAGCAUUUGUGUCAAUGGUUCAGCGGCAGCCACUCUGCUACGGCCGUUGUAUGUCACCCUUCGCCUUCACAACCUAGCAAAGCCCUCGCCCCCGAAGCAGCUGGCGGUUUCCAUGUCUGCAUCGGAGGAGCUCCACAUAGUGUGGAGCCCACCAGGUGGCGAAACACCGCCCCAGUGCCUGGAGUACGAGGUUCAGCUGGCCGAAGAUCAGGGGGAGGCCAAGGCUGCCUGGGCGUCUGUGUCAACCCAAAUGGAGACCGCUUUAACAAUAUCCAGAGCAAAUCAAAGCCGCAUUUCAUGUGUUCGUGUCAGGGGGAGAACAAAUAUUUUCUGUGCUGACCAGGGCUUUUGGAGUGAAUGGACACAGGAGUGUUUCUCUGUGUUCAGAAAAGAGGACAAGCAGCUAUUUAUCCUCAUUCCAGUCCUUCUGAGUUUGUCAAGUAGCCUCAUAAUAUUUAUUUUGAUUGGCCAGUGCAAGAAAAGGACUCUAGAAAUCUGUCAACAGGACACACACUGAAGGGAAGCACCUCACACACAAUGCUAGGUACCAACGCCUGCAUCUAGCCAGUCUACCCCACCCCACUUUCACAAUGUCUUCCUAGUCCCCAAAUACUGAGCCUGCUGAACAUGAGCUACUCAAGCUAGUUAUUUACUGAUAUGCCUUAGAUGUUGCAAAGCUGAACUGGGAAGGCCUUGAAAGAAACUUUUGCUGUAAAAUGGCAUGAUCACAGCUGCUGCAAAGGACAGAUGCUUCAGAGAAGUGAGGGUUACUCUGGCAAAGGCAGUGUGGGAACUUCUGUAGGAAGCAGGCAUUGGUACCAGAAUUCAAUGAUGCACCCAAGAUGUCUCUCAAUGCCUUGUAUUUAGCUGAUGAAAUUGCUGACUGAUUUUUAAGCAAUCAUUCCCUAUGAUGAUGAUAAAAAAAAAAAAAUUAAAAAAUCAGCACUGGAUGAGACACUGUCCUCCGAGCACAUUCUAGGUUUUUUUGGUCAAAUAACUAACCAACUCAAACCCAAAUGUUUAGUGUGCUUUUAUUUCAUCUGAACAAGCCAGAAAACAUAUUUUCAUGCAGGAGCACUUAUUCAAAAUGGGAAUUUCUAGUGAACAGUGGAAGCACAGAGAGAAAAUCAAGUUUGCGUCAAUCAGCUAUGUAAAGAGCCAUGCUAAUCCAAUCAGGCACAAAACAACACAGCAAGUGCUAUCUUAUACAUCCAACUGCAAAAUUAUUCAAUCACUAUCAACUGCUUCCACUGCUAAAUAGGCAAAACUCUGAUGUUAUUUGGGAGCAGCCAAAGGAGGAAAGCACCAGAAUGGUCUAUGCACAGACUGGAGCAGAAGUAAAGUUUCCUGGCUGGUGUUAUUUUGAUGAGACACAACGUCUGCCUCUACUGUCUCCUGGGGCUUCUGGCCAACCAGCAUGGAAUGGCUUUACGUUUAAAAUUACCCAGGAUUAUGCAAUGGGCAUUGAAAUACUCUGUUUUACCUUGAUGAACACAGCACAUCAGAAAUGGAGAAUGGAGUUGGACUCGCAAGGCACCGACUGAUAUAACAGAGAAGGUGAAAGGAACCACAAGAGAGGGAAGGAAACAGGAAUAAAGCUUGCUUGACCCCGAAGCAGCCCCCAGCCCCAGCUCAGGGAGACCUGGCCUGCAGACAUCUCCAAAACAGGAUCAUCAGAGCAAUUCAAGGGAAUGCAGGGUUCAUACAACAAGCCAGAUUCAGGAGGCUCAGGACAGUAUUUCCUCCUCUGUUCAAUGGGAGAGAGCAGCUCUUUGCUUGGUGCCCUCCCACCAGCUGCAGAGUCCCCUUCCUUCCCUCUCUAGUCUCCAGCAGAAUUUUUGCAGCGACAAGGGGUGCAGCCCUGCCCCACACCUGCCCCUGGCCAGCACAUCACAACUAUUUUGCUCUGACUUGCUCUGGAGCCUGGGCUGCGUGUGCCUCCCUGCAGAGUGAUGGGCCAUCAGGGCAGGGCAAUCUCUGGUGGGACCAAGCCUGGAUCUCCUGAUCUGCAAGACCAGAAUAGCAGAUACUCAGCUAAGCUCAUUCUAGGGUUUUCAGAUAUUUUCAGGAGCUAGAGGACUUUGGGACAUCCAGAACUGGGUAGCAUUUGGGUUAUCGGUUUUCAGAACUGUCACCAGGGCAACAGUUAUUGCAUUAAUAAUAAUGGUUAAAACCAGAAAAAGCACUGGAGAAAACUAUUGGGAAGAUUUGCUAUUACUGGAAAUAACUCCUGGUACACCUCUAAUGUUCUGCCAGCCUCUUAUACAGUUUAGACAUCUACUAAAUACAUGAGUGCAUUGUGAACUUCCCCCAGGGAAAAAGCAAGGCAGGCAGCUGGAGCCCACCCUGCUGCCUUGGGUACACCUGAUGUGAUCUCACCCACUUCACCACUCAGGAAUGCCGCACAUUGGAGUGGGCCAAAUGGUGGGGCAAUCCUGACCUGCUGGAGGGGUUUAAGCUGGGUUAAAGUUUAUACUCUAAUUUUGUCAAAAAAGAGGUAAGAAGGGAAGAAGAUUUAAGAGAACGGGUGCAGGUAAGAGGUGGCAAAGGAACAUUUGUUGUACUUCCACAGCUAGAACUCACCCCAAAAAGAUCAGGGCUAUUUUAGUAACCAAAAAAUAUAAAGGUUAGGCUGAAGCCUGCUGAGGAACCUGCCUAGUAAGAGAGUGAUAAAUUAAGUGCAUCUACUUAUGAUAUCUGACUGCUGCAGCUUUACAGGAGUGUUUAGGUAAGGAAAGCUGGGCUUGGCCCCAGAGCGGGGCUCCCCGCUCACCAAACUCACCCCUGCACAGGGUCCUUGCUGCAGCAGCAGCAAGACAUGCAGCCCCCCACACCCCCCCCCCCCCCGCCGGCUUUUUCACAGCAUCACAUCUGCAGCAUGUGCAAAAUGUAAUCCUAAUAGGUGGCCAGCUGCUUGUCUUUCCUAACAUCCUGAACCUUGCUAGAAUUUCAGUAGUAUGUUGGGGUUUUUUUUCCCCUAUGUUUACAGAAUUACACUAAUUACGUAUUUCUUUCACACAGUAUUUGCAUUACAGUGGUUUAAUUCAUUUGCUGUAGUCCAUAAUUAAUAUUUUCAGUAAAGCGCUUUCAAAAUCCCUCCUUUGGCAUACCCUGCUCUUAUUGUUCCCAGCUCAUGUCUGGGUUCCCCAGUGGUUUUACCAUCUUAGCCUCAUAUGUCUGGUGACGAAUGUCUUUGCCAAAUGUAUAAAGAGAACUCCUUUACAUACCCUUGAGUUUAGGGUCUUUUUUCUGUCUUUGACUGAUUAAGUCUUAGAGUCAUUUGUUGAAGAAUAAAAGGCAACUCUUCCUACAGUUUUCUUCCCCAGAGAAUGUCAAUACUUGUCAAACAUAUGAAAGCAUGAUCCUGUGCAUGCUGCAGGAUAAUGCAAAAUCAAUUUGCAUCUGCUAUAUUCCAGCUGCUUUUGGGAAGCAGCAAAACAGGGAAGGCAAAUGCCAAGGUCACCAGAGUCUCUGCACUCACAAAAUCUCCCUCCUCUCACUGAGGUCUAUUUUCAAACUGCCAAUAAGGCAAUAAUUUGAAAACCAGUUUACUUUCUGUUUCCUCAUUAUACAUCCUCAUAUUUUUUUCAUUUUUCUGACUGGCCUCUGAAGACAAGAGUUUGAAGUGUUUCAACCACUAUAACCUGCCAAUAGCUGAAAGACAUAAAGCAAGGCUGGCAUCUCUCAGGACCUCUUUACUCCUCUUGCACUUGAGGAAAUGAAAAGGUAGAAGCUCUAUCUCACCGGCUGAGGCACCUCUGCUGAAGUUUCUCUCUUACAGGUGCUAGAAACUCCAUGGCCACUGGGUGUCAGCAUCUGUGCUUGGAUGCAGAGGAGGAAGCAAGCAGGUGCAGCAUGCUUCCACCAAAAUUCAGUAUUUAGUGCAAGAAAAUUAGAGGGGACAAUGGCUCGCUCACUGUAACAUAGAUGAGUUUUGUUCUUUUUGUACUGCUAAGUGGAGAAGUAUCACGCCUUCACUCCAUCAUUCAGCACCGGGCUGAUUGCUAGGUAACAUCACCCCUCAUGCCUCAUGGCAUCGUGACCAUGGCCCAGCGCUGCUGCACAGACCAGAGCUGCAUCUCCCAUGGCAUGUUCAGCCAAAACCAGCCCCCUGCCCUCCUUCCCACAGUUGUGCAACUGAGCACCCACAGACAUACCCCACUGGCUCAAACUGAAGGCUCGGUCGAGCAAGGACUGCGCCCUGCUGUAUGUCCCUGCCUCACUCCGGCAUUGGCUCUUACAUCCCUGAGCCACCACAGGUCUCAGCACCCAUCCCUGAGCCACUGCAGCUCUCGGGGAUGUACUAGGGGAGUACCUAGAUCUUGAAAGAACGUAGAGUGGCACAGCCCUUCUGGCUUCAGCUUCCAGAGCUUUCAGUCAAGGCUUUGGGAGUACAGUAACUAAUGAUAUAAUCUAAAAUCAAGAGCUUCAUGGGCCACAGCAGGUGUGCAGCUCACUGCCUCAUGUGGCGGGGUACAUUUGAGAGCACUGUCAAGCUCUUCAUGUCUGUGUAGAAGCUGAAUUUUCUCAGGAGGGUCUGUGGUUCUCAGAGCUUCAAGGCAAGCAAGUACAGCUGAUACAUGUGCUUAACAAAAAUUUGAGGCAAUAUAUUGCAGGUGAGCUGUCUGAACAGCUGAAACGGCUCUGCACACCACCCGUGUCAAGAUCUUUCUCCCAGAAUACAGAGGGAUAAAACAACCAGCUGAGAAAUGAUGGCUACCACAAGGUUUGCACCAAAAAUGAAUAUUCGCCUCCCUGCCAUCCUGGGCUGCCUGCCUCCUGUGCCAGAUCCCCACCCAGACUUGCCAUGGGACUGCUCUGCUCAGGAAAUAAAACACUAUUUCAUUGUGUUAUGCUACCAGACACA